GCCCUCAAAGAUGGCGCCGGCUUUCUGCCUCGCCAGCCCUGAGAAGACAUGUCGGGAGGGGAGAAGCGAGGACGGAAAGUCACGUGGUCCCCCUCCUCUUUUUUUUCCCCCCCGCCCACAUACAUUUCUAUUCAUUCGCAUUUUCUCUCCGGCUGAGGAGAAGACGGAGCCGCAAAAGGAUAACGUACCUCUCGAAAGGGGGGGGGAUCAUGGCGCGCGGCCCCCCGCCCCCACAAAUCACUAUGUAGGGGAGCGCGCGAGAGAACAGAUGCCGUCGAAGAGGAGGGGGAGGAUUGAAGAGCUGAGCGAAGACAAUGAAACAGCUGAGGGGAGACCGAGCGGCGGCGUCGAACGAGUUCUGAGGAGGAGGUGUGUCCCAACCCGCCACCCGUAGCGCCGUUAGGGCUGUUCCCGCCAAAAUUCUGAGGCGAUCCCCUUCGCCGAAGGGAGGGGGCGGGGCUGAACUGAACUCUCGGGCCUUGCUGCGCUGAGGGGGUGGGGGUGGGGCUAGAGCCGCGCCGCGCCCCGCCCCUUUUGGAAGGGUGGGGGAGGAGUCAAGAGCAGAAGGCAGGAGAUUGGCUUGACCCCUCUCACGGGGGUGGAGUAGGGGGAGAGACCUUGGGGGCGCCCAUCCAAGAGAGAGGGAGGAGCCAAAGCUUAGCCCCACCUUAAAGGGGAGGAGCUGGGACAUUGAGAGCUGCCUCCUGAGGAGGAGGGGUGCGAAGGCUUUUGGACCUCCCCUUAAAAAGGAGGAGCCCUUUCAUUGGGCCGCCCACAAAGUGGGAGGAGUUUGCAUAGGGGCAGUGCUAAGGAGCCAUCCUCAAGGGUAGCAGUGCUUCCCCCCUUAACCUCCACAUCAUUUCCUCCUUGGCGGCCUCUGCUGCCACCAUGAAGCUCCUCCGCCUGUUGUGCCGCCACAAGACGGCCCUGGGCCUGGGCGGGCUGUCUCUCUUUGCAGCGGUGCUGCUCUACUUGGCCAAGUGCACCUCGGAAGGCCUCAAGCCGUCCCAUGGGUGGGGGCUGCCGCAACAGCAGCUGCCUGCCCGAACAGGAGGCGCGAGUGGGCCACAUCCCCCUGCUGCCGCCCCGCCUCCUCCUCCUCCUGAAGAGACGGCCUUCUUGGCUGUGCUGGUGGCCAGUGGGCCCAAGUAUACAGAGCGGCGGAGCAUCAUCCGCAGCACUUGGCUCUCGGUGGCCGGCCGGGUCCCAAGCGGCGACAUCUGGUGCCGCUUUGUGGUGGGCACCGGGGGCCUGACUGGGGAGGAGCUUCACACUCUGGAACUGGAGCAGAGCCGAUACCAGGACCUGUUGCUCCUCCCUGAUCUUCGAGACUCCUACGAGAAUCUGACUGCCAAGGUCUUGGCUAUGUUUGUGUGGCUCGACCAGCACCUGGACUUCCGCUUUGUCCUCAAAGCUGACGACGACACGUUUGUCCGCUUAGAUACCCUUGUGGAAGAGUUGAGGGCCAAGGAGCCCCGUCGUCUCUACUGGGGCUUCUUUUCUGGACGGGGCCGUGUGAAAUCCGGUGGCAAAUGGAAAGAAAACACUUGGCUCCUUUGUGACUACUACCUACCUUAUGCCCUCGGGGGUGGCUACAUCAUUUCAGCUGACCUGGUGCACUAUCUGCGCCUUGCUCAAGACUAUCUCAAUGUAUGGCAGAGCGAAGAUGUCUCCUUGGGCGCCUGGCUUGCUCCGGUGGAUGUGAAGAGGGUCCACGACCCUCGUUUUGACACAGAGUAUAAAUCCCGAGGUUGCAACAAUAAGUACAUUGUGACUCACAAACAGAGCAUCGAGGACAUGUUGGAGAAACAUCAGACUCUAGCCAAAGAAGGAAAGCUUUGUAAAGAGGAGGUUAAACUCCGGUUGUCUUACAUGUAUGACUGGAGUGUGCCUCCUUCACAGUGCUGUCAGAGAAAAGAUGGCAUACCUUGAAGAUGGCGCGGAGAAAGAUGGAAUACCUUCAGGACUGUGUAAACUGUAAGGGAAGGGAACAGAAACUGGGGGAGUUGAUGGAGGUGGAUGUGUGUCACACUGACAUCCUUUCCCCUUUGGCCAGAAUGUUUAAAUUAUUCCGAGGUUUCACACAAGACGUCAAGUCAUAUUGCAGCACCCUUAUGUUGCAAUGUGGCUUAUUUUGUCUCCAGCUACAAAAGAUACAGAUCAUCAUGCAGCAAGAUGGACAGGAAUUGGCAAACGGAACAAUCUUUAUGUGUCACAGGACGUUGGUAGUUUUGCUUUUUUAAAGAAAGGAUUUUGACAGUUCUUUGAAGUUACUGUGUUAAGUGAUACGAUAAUCCAUAUGACGGUACGGCGGAGGUGGAGAGAAACAACGCUGCAGUUUGAUUCUUUCCUUUCUUUGAAAGGAUAAGUGGAUUUUGGCCAAGGAUGCCGACAAGUUACAAAGUGAAAUCAUAACAGGAGAGAAUUGGUCCCUACCACCAGUGGAAGAGAUGACAAGUGUGUUUCAUAAUGUUGUUUCUAAACCGAGGGAGCUGCUUUUGUCAUUGAUAAGCAUAUGCUCUUAGGCGAUGGUGUUUUAGAGCUAGGAGAUAUCCAUUGUAGCAGGGAACAUUCUGAACUUUAAACAUUUAUUAUAACUUUAUGACUUGUAUGACUUGUGUCACUGAAGAAAAAUCUUCCAGACCCCUGUUUGUGCCAGGUACUCAGAAAGGGAGAAAUCUUCAGUCAAUGUGGUAGGAUUUUAUCCUGAGAAGAUGCUAUAGUGACCAUUUAUUCUAAGAGACUCCUACGGGUCGCUCAUUGAAGUCAUUGCUGAAUUGCUCAUGAAAGGUUGUAGACAACAUUAGUUCUACUCAGAACAGACCCAUUGAAAUUAAUGGACCAAGUUACUCAUACCCUGUAUUUUCAGUGAGUCUAUUCAGAGAAGCGCUAAUGUUGGGUACAAUCCUUUGGCUAUAUUUGGAAGACUAGAUUAUUAGGAGGCAUAGGCCUAAUCUUAAUUGAAAAUGAUGCGGCCAUUGCUCCCAAAAUAGUGUUAUUGGUUCCUGGGAGUAUUGGAUUGUAUCUAACGCUAAUCCACUUGAGUAGACCCAGUAAAAUUAAUGUAUAUGAUUAACUUAGGCAAUCUCAGGAAAUUGACUCUUGAGUAGAAUUUAGUUGGAUUCCUCACAACAGGUUGCAUUCAACAUUAGUCCUACUCAGGGUAGACCCACUGAAAUAUUUCCCCAAGUUGCUCAUUUCCAUUGAUUGCUCUGCUUGGACUGUGUGUAAUGUUGGAUACAACCCAUUAUAGUUACGGUCUACGCCUAUACUGUUUGUCAAGAAACGAUGAGUGUCCCUUCUUGUGGGAAAUGUCCUAAGGUGCAACUCUAUGAGCCAAUUGGCAUAACCUGGAGGAGCGGCUAGAUCUGUAUGGAUACCCUCCUAGAGUUGCUCCUUCUUUGGACAGGUGAUGGACUACAGAGUUAAUGGGUUUUAGAACUGAAAAGAAAACUGGAAUUUUCCAAAGCCCUUUUUUGUCACUGCCCCUCAAACCAGCUUUCUUGAAGCCUGCUGUUCGAUCAGUGCCCUCAAAGCAGAGGAGUCGCAAGGACACCCACAGAACCCUCCAUUUUCAUGAGGCUGAGCACUCUGCCUUUUACGUCUAAAGCUGUACGAGUGCUGUACUGAGAAAUAAACCUGGAGCGAGGGGGAAAAAAAACCUUGCACACAGAUGUAAACACAUUUAAUUGCCUUGCUUUGAGGGAUUCUUUGCGCAAAAUUAGACUUAGAGAUGGAGAAGGAGGAUAGCGGUGGAGGAGCCAAGUACUCAUAACCCGUAUCAUACAAGAGCGUAUAGAACUGCAUGGAGAUGAAGGAAACCCCAUCAGCUCUUACAUAUUCUUAAAUCUAAAUCCUAAAUUUUCCAUAUAUGUUUAAAGACCUUUUUUUCCAAAGAUCUGUGGGCAAGAGCUCACUUCGAAAACUGCUAGCGAGUGAAGAAUCGAAGGCAUCCAUCCUGUGUUGACACUCCCUGGAGACGUGCCUUCUAGGAGUGGGAAACUUUGGCCCUCUUGAUGUUGCUGGACUACAGCCUCUGUCAUCCUUGACGGCUGGCCAUGUUGACUGGGGCAGAUGGGAGUUGGAGGGCAACAACUACAUGUUCCGCAGCACUGGUUUAGUUCUUCCAAAAACAAAAAAAUCCAACCUUGCUGUAAGGCAGGGGUGGGCAACCUUUGGCCCUCCAGAUGUCGAUGAACUACAACUCCCAUCAGCCCAGCAAAAGCAUGAAUCUAGCCCACCAGGCAUGACAAGGGGUCCGCCAAAUGUUUAACAUCACUCCCCUGCCUUGGUUUUUCCCUGUUCUAGAGAAGUACAAAAAUAGUUUAUUAUUGAGCCCCUGCUGGUCCACCGUACAUGGCUCCCAGACUGUCUGCCGUGGAUCACCAAUCGUGUAGGUUUUCCCUUAGGAAGCUGGCUUUAGGAAAAGUCAAACCUAUUUGUCUGUUUACUCAGAGGGAGGUCGGUAUUGUAUGUAAAAAUCUGUGUUUACAAUGGUGAUAAUUUAUUUAUAAAGAUUGUAAAUGUACUAUGUAUAGUUACAGGCUUGAAAACAGCCAUGUGUCACGGUAAUUUUAAAUUAUUUAAAGGGUCGCGUCAAAGCUCAUUAACUAUUACUUAUCGAAAUGCCUUUUUUUUCCUGCUGUACAGUUUAUUCUUUAAAUUCUCCUGGGACUUUUAAGCCCAAGCCUUUCUGCAUGUGUCUCUGGAGAUUGUAAGAAAGAUGUACCGAUCACUCCUAGUAGUUGAAAUAUCAAUGCUUCUGAAAGCUG